AUGCGACGCAGCGCGUCUGAGAACGUCGUCUCUCGCUACUGCGGACGUUGGGCCCUGCCAGCGGGCUACGUAACUUCGCCAGCCUCCAAUGCGACUCGUGCCUCAUCAUCUCCAACUGCUCCUCAUGGCAACGUCAACAACAAUAAUGUCCAACACACAACUUUCGAACAGAGCAGUCCUUCUGAAAAUCAAUGUACUUCUUCAGCUGUGAUAUUGGGAGGAGCAGCCUCUCCUCCAACGGCGACAUCAUCUUGCGCUUUGCCACAAUUACGUAGUUG